AGUUGCCGGAGCUCAUUUGAGAACGGAAGUGAGAUUUCGGCCGCCGGUGCGGGUCGCGUCAUCAUAAAAUGGCGGACUGAGGUGAACAAGGUUCCGCGUCCCCCAUCCCCCCACCCCACCCCUGCCCCUCUCCAGGUGUGUUUCCCCCUAGUAGUUCUGAGGGGAGGGAAGAAUGGGCGGUUGGACGGGACCAAUCUGGCGCGGGGGGGGGGGCGGUUCGGAUAGUGGAGAGAAAGGGUGUUUUUAUGUGAGGAAAGAUAGACAGGAGGUGUAUAGGAAGGGUUGCCUCGACGAAGUGCAGGAGGAAUGGGGCAGCGCAGAGGGUCGGGGGGGGCAGGGCCAGUAACUGUGAGGAGUGGUCCUCAGACUCAAAUAUCUGGGGGGCGGGUGGAAAGGGGCGCUCCUCGCCGCAGUCCGUUCGUUGGCAAGCGUCUGUCCCGAGCCUGGGGUAGAUCAGUCGGUAGAGCCUGACGCUCUUAAUCUCAGAGUUGUGUUUUGAACCCCAUGUUGGACAAAAAGAUUCCUGCCUCCAUUUGGAGGGGGUUGGACUAGGUGACCGUCGGGGUCCCUUUCAGCUCUAUGAUUCUAGGAAGUUGAGCUGCCAUCCUAAGCACGAUUAUAUCUAUUUAUUUCAUCCAAUUUAUAACCGGUGGGUUGGUCAGACAAACAAACCCGCCAAACCCCUCCAAGUGAUUUGCAGAAAGAAUAAGGAACAGGAGCAACUGAACACAAUGGUGACUGCUGUCUCCAAAGCGCUGAGUGAGCUUGUUGGGAAGAGGCAUAGCUGGUGUAAGAUUGCAACAUGCAAGUGCAGUUGUGUACACCCUUGGGGGGGUCAUCUAAUCACGCCGGGAGGAAUUUACCUGCUCGCUGAGCAGGCUGAAAUUUACAGUUCAGUUGUGAUGGUAACAGGAAUGGACCAAGUUGCUCUCUGCUCUACAGUAUGGGAGCAAAAUGAUGUGCUAAAUGGGUGGUAGAAUUGAUGUAAGUUUUCAGGAGUAGGCUGGCUGAGGUUAUUGGGGGGUGUCGAUGACUACUGCGCUUGAUUGAAGGCUGGAAGGUUGAUGAUAAUGAUGUAUGUACUGUAUAUAGAUAAUUGGGUAAAGGGAGAGCGAUUUAUAGGGAGCUGGCACCAAGGUCUAAAUCUUUGGGCAUAAUAUACGUGGCAUAAUGACUCCUGAACUCAUUCCAACUUCUGUGGUGUUUUUAUGUUCAAGUGUUGAAAGAGAGGCAAAACCCCAGAAAGGGAUUCUUCUCUCCCCCCACCCCAAUUGAUAUAAGUGAUUGUGUAUACUGAAGGAGAGUUAAAUUACCCCUGGUGGUUUGAGUGUGUAGUUUCAGACAAAGGCAGUGGUCUGUGAACACUCCAGAAUAGUUACAUACUGGAUUUCUUUUUGUCUUUGGGGAUUGUUGAAUUGGAGCCCAAUUCAUAUUUAACAAAGGUUCUAUUUAGGAAGUACUUAAGAUUACUUAUUUUGAGCAUUUGUACCCCACUGUUCAGCUGAAAAGGCACCUAGAGUAGCUUACCUACAGUCAGUUAUUCUGGACUGGAAACUACAUCUAACACACCUGUAAAUAUGUGUGUUCUAUAUGCAGCAUAUCCAUGCAGAUUUGCAUCUGAUUGGAUCUUUAUCCUAGCAAGUUAUAUUUGGAUGCCAUAUUAUUUUCUUUAUAGAUGUGCCUUCUACAUGCUAUAUGAAUAAUAUGGAUAAUAGUUCUACAAGAAAGAAGAUUCCACCUAAACAUUAGGAAGAACUUCCUGACAGUAAGAGCUGUUCGACAGUGGAAUUUGCUGCCAAGGAGUGUGGUGGAGUCUCCUUCUUUGGAGGUCUUUAAGCAGAGGCUUGACAACCAUAUGUCAGGAGUGCUCUGAUGGUGUUCCUGCUUGGCAGGGGGUUGGACUCGAUGGCCCUUGUGGUCUCUUCCAACUCUAUGAUUCUAUGAUUCUAGUUACAGGUAGGUAGCCAUGUUGGUCUGCUGUAGUAGAAACAAAAUAAAAAAAAAUCCUUCCAGUAGCACCUGAGAGACCAACUAAGUUUGCUAUUGUUAUUGGUAUGAGCUUUCAUGUGCAUGCACGCGAAAGCUCAUACCAUUAACAAACUUAGUUGGUCUCUCAGGAGCUACUGGAAGGAAUUUUUUUAUAUGGAUAAUAGCUAUGAGAUACUAAUCUUUCAUUCUUGUCAGAGUAUACAAGGCCUACAUGAUGCAGUCUGGGACAAAAAAACCCCCACUGAAAUGAGGGACAUCAAAUUUUCAAUAAGCUAUCAUAUAAAAAUGAUAGUUGUGACCCAAACCAGUCUGUAAAAUUUAAUAAUCUGGUUUUAGUGGCAAGUAACAGGAAAACUCACUGCAUGUGAUGCUAUUCAUAUAAUUUGUCCUUAAGUGCAGGAUUGCUUAAAAGUUUAAGAUCGUUGAGUGGGAACUAUAGUACAUCUAUAUUCUAUUCUGAGCCUGGCAUACUGAUACUAAAUAUGUUCCUUUGCCUUCUCAGACCAAAGCAAGGAAGCUGUGUCUCAAUACCCAAAAUGCAGUAUUCCCAUCACUGUGAGCACCUACUGGAGAGACUGAACAAACAGCGAGAGGUGGGCUUCCUUUGUGACUGCACCAUCGUUAUUGGUGAAUGCCAGUUUAAAGCUCACCGAAAUGUUCUGGCUUCCUUUAGCGAGUACUUUGGGGCUUUUUACAGGGAUACUUCGGAGAGUAACAUAUUUUUGGAUCAGAAUCAAGUGAAGGCUGAUGGAUUUCAGAAACUUCUGGAGUUCAUAUAUACAGGAGAUUUAAACCUUGACAGGUAAUACAAUAAGGCUGGGGAUUUGUCUGCAGAGUAUUCAAAAUAAGACAUUCACAGAGAACUAAAAAGACAGGUUGCUGCCUGACGGCUUGCGAUUUAAGUAGACAUGUCACAAAUGGAGCGAGGACAAAGAGGUCAGAAAAUACAACUAGGAUAUGCUAGGAUAAUACCACCCACCUGAUAGGUGAUGUCGCUGUGGUUUCAGGCUCCUCAUUCAAGGGAGUAACUGUUUCAUAGGCCAAUAUUAUAACAUAAAAGGAGGCAAACACUAAUUCUAGUUUUGCCAGAGAUUAUUUACAGGAACAGUUUCUCACCCUAGCUCUCCUUUGCCCCCCAGAGGGAUAUAAAUAGCAAAUGGAAGGGAACUGAGGGCUAAACUAUAAGUGAUGCCCUUGAGUGCAUUAUUUUUCUUUCAGAAAUAACCAGUAUGAUCCACCAGAUCCAGAUCAUGGCCCUGGUUUGGGGGGGCUUCAGCCCUUUACUUCCCGUGCCUGCAAUUUACACAGAAUACAGUUCCCAUUGGACUGUGAUCAUCUCGGGCCUGCACUGCCUCUGUUUUAGUAUUAUACUGCAACCUCAGUUGUUGCAUUGCAAGCAGCUGAUUAAAGAUGUUCCCUAUUUCCACACCCUCCCUCCCCAGGGACACAGGUGGCGCUGUGGACUAAACCACUGAGCCUCUUGGGCCUGCUGAUCAGAAGAUUGGCGGUUUGAAUCCACACUGUGGUGGAAAGGUAAACAGCGUUUCCAUGCGCUCUAGCUUCUUUCACAGUGUUCUGUUGCGUCAGAAGCAGUUUAGUCAUGCUGGCCACAUGAUUUGGAAAACGUUGGCUCCCUCGGCCUGAAGCAAGAUGGGUGCUGCACCCCAUAGUUGCCUUUGACUGGACUUAACUGUCCAGGGGUCAUUGACCUUACCUUUUUUAUUACCCUCCAUCCACUAUGCAUAUCAGCCAUUUUCUUCCAUGCAUCCUGAGGCAAAGGCAAAAGUUGUAAGAAGUAAGGGGUCACUGAGGUGACAGAAAAGGUAAGCAGAAUUAGAGGCUUUUGCAAAGACUAUGCUUUCCUGAGUCAAGACACAGGGAUAUUGUGAAAGGAGGGGUGGGGCUUUUCGUGAAUUUCAGUUGAUGUCCCAGUUGUGAAGGAAAUGGGCUUAAGGGGUCUUUUGUGCAGCAUCAACAAACCUGUGGGUGAGACCAGUGUUACCUGUCCUUUAGUUUUGACCAGUUUCAAAAUAUAAACACUUGAUCAUUUUCAAAAUAUUAGCAUUACUGACUGUGGUCUUGAGAUGUGGUGGCUCAUACCUAACACCUUUCCUAGGAUUUAAUAUAUUUAUUUAAAUCAAGUUCUUAACUUUAGUUCUCAUGUUUUAUUAUGGAAAUCUUAUGUUUCUAAUAACCUGGUAAUAAACUGCAUCUGAAGGGCACCUUUUAGAUAGUGGGAUCUGAACCUGAGUCUCUGUUGUGCAAAUUAGAUGUUCAACCACAGCACCACACUGGAAAAGAGCAGUGGCUGAUGAAAACUCUAUGAAAUUCAGCUUUUAAACUAGAUAAUUUUUAAAGGAAUAUGUAAUACAUUUGAAUUUUUUAAAAAGAUGAAAAAUUCCAGUCUAAAUUACAAAAACCUGAUUUCAAGCUUCAUCAGUUUUUAUCCACUUAGUAUUUAUACUAAUUCUAUAAGACAGCCUGUUUUCUUCAGCUGGUACAUUCCCAUUUAACCUUUUUCCCUUGCAGCUGGAAUGUUAAAGAAAUACAUCAGGCUGCCGACUAUCUCAAAGUGGAGGAGGUGGUCACUAAAUGUAAAAUAAAGAUGGAAGACUUUGCUUUUAUUGCUAAUCCCUCUUCUACAGAAAUCUCUAGUAUCACUGGGAAUAUUGCAUUGAACCAGCAGACUUGCCUGCUAACCCUUCGUGACUAUAACAGCCAAGAGAGAUUGGAUGCCCCUUCAGUGGACACGGUGCAGUCCCCAGUCUUAAUAGCAACCACAGGGAAAAAAUCUGUUCAAACGAAAAAGCGAAAGAAGGCCUUCAGCUCUCCCAAGAACCUGCCAAACAAGCCAGCGCAAUAUCCAAGUGAUGCUGCAGAGAACUCUGCAGUGGAGAUGUUUUUAGAUGCAAAUAAGCUCGCCACAGAGAUCACGGAGCAAGCUGCCCAAGGUGGGGAUAAUUCUGAGCUGCAGCUUACACCUGUGGUGGAGAGUGAAACCUUUGCUGCGCAGGAGAUCCUUGUCCAGACGAUGACUCUGAAGUCCAAACGGGGUAAAGCACAGCAGGAUUGUGCUUUGAAGGAGCACUGCUUGUCCAACAUCGCCAGUGACAAGAACUCUUACCAGCUGGAAAGCUCGGGAGAGGAGCUGGAUCCAAAAUACCCCAAGGCCAAGCCCGUGUGUAACACCUGUGGCAAGGUGUUUUCCGAAGCUAGCAGUCUGAGGCGGCACAUGAGGAUCCACAAAGGAGUCAAACCGUACGUGUGCCAGCUCUGUGGGAAGGCCUUUACGCAGUGCAACCAGCUGAAAACACAUGUAAGAACCCAUACAGGUAGGCUCCUUGCUUUGUGUUGGGAGUUGCCUCUUGUGAAAGUCAGCAGAAAGACCCUCAUUCUCUCCCAGAGAAGAUGCUUUCCCUUCUUCAGUAUUGUGGGUUGAUAGUUGCUUUUGAAUGAUCAUGGCAAUAUUGUGAGUGGAAUAUUCUUUACUGCCAGUGUUUUAUUUUUAGCUAUUAUCAGAUUUGUAUAAUUACCAUUUUUAAAGAUUUUUUUUUCUACACUGGCAUUGCAGGGGACUACUUUCUUCCACAUCAAGUUACAAAUACCCAUAGCUUGCUCAUUUAUUCAAACCAUAAAGGGCCAUAUCUGUGUGAUAGAGCACAUGCUCUGCCUGCAUAAGGUGAAUUCCUGACAGAUCUAAGUAGGGCUGUGGAAUACUCUGGUCUGAAACCUAGGUGAGCCAGGGUCUAUUAGUGUACAGUAACAGAUGAAACAAUGCUCAGUAUAGGUCAGUUUCAUAUGUUCAUUAACCAUAUUAGGCAUGGAUUGUGUGACUGUACACCAUAAACCAUAUUCAUUUUCUUUUGCCUACAGUACAAGCCUGCAGACUUGUGACCAAGCAGCCAUGUGUGGCACGUUACUGCUGCUGGCUUGAUAAACACCAUUUCUUGGUGCACAGCUGCAAGUACAAAGGCAGCAGUGUUAACAUACCUCUGCCAGGCGUCUGUACACAACUAUGGUGAUGUGCUCAGCUUGGUGACACACAAGUUAUGUUGGCCGGCUCUGGUUUAAGCAUUAAGUUUACCAUUUGCCACAAAAGAAUUUAAGAGGCAAUCUUUUUUGUGUUUACCUUUUUGGUAGUCUUUUUAAACUGUUAGUUGUGGGAGCUGCAAAAUAAUAAUAAUAAUAAUAAUAAUAAUAAUAAUAAUAAUAAUAAUAAUAUAAAAUAAAUAAAUAAAUAAAUUUAUACCCUGCGCAUCUGGCUGGGUUUCCCCAGCCACUCUGGGCGGCUCCCAACAGAAUAUUAUUAUUAAUAAUAAAAGCAACAACAUCAAACAUUAAAAACUUCCCUAAACAGGGCUGCCUUCAGAUGUCUUCUAAAAGUCAAAUAGUUGCCUAUUUCCUUGACAUCUGAUGGGAGGGCAUUCCACAGGGCGGGCACCACUACUGAGAAGACCCUACCGAGAAUAUGUAGUCCCCACUUCCAUACUUUUCUCAUAUACACUUAGAAUAAAAAUAAUAAUGUGAACUUCCUACAUUUCCUUUCAUUCUGUGGUAACCACUGAUGACAUUUGUUUUUGAACAGGUAUUUCUGGUGGAAUUAUCAAUAAGCUAAUAAGCCCAUCAAAGCAGACUCUUUCUUUGUUUCUUUUUAGUCUUGGGAGAACAUGGUGCAUUUUAGUAAUUCAAAUGUGGCAGUGAUUAUUUAUUAAAUUUAUAUCUUGCUGAUUCUCCCAAAGGCUAUAUUUAUAUGGCAUUUAAUUGGGGAAACAAAUGCUUAUGAAAUUAAAGGAACACUUAGAUAGCUGCCAUAUAUACAUUGAUGGUGACUCUGAGACACCAUGGGGUAAAUGUGUUAUCUGAAAAUGGUCAAAAUGGGAAGGAUUCUAACUUAAAAAGACAGUACCUAGAGCUCCUGAACAUUUGCCAUUGUUUAUUUUUUUUGUGUGUGUGUGUCAAGAAGUCUCCUAGCAUCUACAUUAUUUUUUCAGCCAUUAAAAGUAAUACCAGCAUUUCAUCUGUCACCAGUGAUAGAUGUCGAUUUCCAGUUGUUUGCUAAACAUUGAAAAAAGGCUACUUAGUGAGUUCAUGGCAGAGGUGAGUCUUGAACCAGGGACAUCCUGAGAUGCCAGCUGCUGUGCCACACUAGCUAACAUUAAUGUUGGCUGGUUUGGAAUAGUUAUCUAGGGCCCUACCAGCUCAAAUUUAGACACGGUUGAGUAGUCUAUGACAUACUUUCCCUUUAUUCCGAACUUUGCCCCCAUCCUCCGGUUUGCUGUCACUUCUCAUCUGAAAAACCUCAUCCUUCACAAGGCACUGCUAAAGCAAGCAGCUCAAUUCUCUACACAGGUGAAAAGCCAUACAAAUGUGAACUCUGCGACAAAGGCUUUGCUCAAAAAUGCCAGCUGGUUUUCCACAGCCGCAUGCAUCACGGGGAGGAGAAACCGUACAAGUGUGAUGCCUGCAACCUGCAGUUUGCAACCUCUAGCAAUCUGAAGAUUCAUGCCAGGUGAGUAAAAGGACUUCAUCUGAAACUGGCCGCUUAAGUUUGGGAGAUUAGUCCCCCCCCCCCAUGCAUUCAGAGAAUGCAUAUGAGUAUACAAUGUGAAGGGGGCACAGGCUGUGUGCAUGCACACCAUCUGUACCCGUAGUUUCCUUGUCCCCUCUCUGACCUUCCCACAUUGAACGGGAAAGUCUGAAGGCGGAUACUUCCUGCUUUCAGCUGAGUGUGUGGAUAAUCCUUCCUAUGGUCACAAAUCCUGAUAAUGCAGGGGUUCCCAUUCAAGGGGAGGACUCUUAAGUACAUUCACCUGAGCACACAACCCCCCUUCGGACCUUCCUGGUCAAUGCAGGAAAGUUGGGGGUAGAGCCAACUGGAACAUGGAACACUGGAGCUAGCCUGUGCAGCCUGACAUCCCUUUUCUAUUUAUGCCUGCAUGUGUUCUUUGACUGUUUUAAUAGGGCUGUUGUCCAGGGAAACCAAUUGGUGCACCAAUAGAAUCUAACCAGCUCCUUUCCUUUAAGGAAGCACAGUGGAGAAAAGCCAUAUGUCUGCGAUAGAUGUGGGCAGCGAUUUGCACAGGCAAGCACACUGACAUAUCAUGUGCGGCGACAUACAGGAGAAAAGCCGUAUGUCUGUGACACCUGUGGGAAAGCCUUUGCAGUCUCGAGUUCCCUCAUCACUCAUUCAAGAAAGCAUACAGGUGAGAUCCAGAGUGGAAGACAUGAGAGAGGUGUCGCAAUCAAGUUUGCAUGGAGUGCUAUAGAUAUGGAAUGGGAAGAGUAUGGCUUUGUAGAGCAGUGCAACAGGCAAGAAAAUCUGCAAAUUGUAAAUGAGUUGACCUGUUCUUGCCUGCUUUAUUGCCUGCUGAGCAGAACACCGUGAUAAGCCCAGCUUUCAGUUGGCAACCAUGCCACUUUGAACACACCUGAUAUUAAAAGCUAAUGCGGGGUGGAGAUAGUUAGACUGUUUGAGAAUACCAGAUGCUUUAAAUGUUAAAUGAGGUGCUUGAGGUCAACAGCAGAGCUCAGCAAAAGAACGCAUGCUUUGCAUGCAUGAUUUCCUAGAAAUCUCCCGUGAAUGAAGCUUAGGCAAAAUCUCAGAGAUGCUUUAGAACUGCUGCUAGUCUGGGUGGAUGUAUGUGUGAUGUAUAUGAAUCAGACCUUCCAACUGGUGAGCCCAAGGGGCUCAGUGGUUUAGACCACAGUGCUACCCGCAUCCGUGCCUACUAAUAGGGGAGACUGAAGUGCAUCCAUACACUUGAGAUUUCAUGAUGUCUUCACAUGCAUUGUUGCUAGGUCGUGUACUGAGUUCAUCCACUUCUUUUUCUCUAUAGGAGAGAAACCUUAUAUAUGUGGAAUUUGUAGCAAAAGCUUCAUUUCUUCAGGAGAGCUCAGCAAGCAUUUUCGGUCCCAUACAGGUUAGUUUUCAGACGUGCUCCUCCCUCUUACCUUUUCCAUGCCUUGUAUGCAGGUAUGUGCAUACUCAAAGUCAUUUAAUAUCAAAUAGUUAAACGAUAGUAUACUACACAUAAUCUAGUUUCAAUUAGCAUGAUCCUCCUACCUGCCUUUCUAAUUGUCUGCCUGUAUUAGAAGGGCCAUAACUUAGAGGUAGAGCAUCUGCCUUGCAAGGAGGAGGUGCUAGGUUCAAUUCCUGGCAUCUCCAGGCAGGGUUGGGAGAAACUUCUGCCUGAAAUCCUGGAGCUUCUGCCAGUCAGUGUAGACAAUUCUGAGCUAGAUGGACCAACAGUCUGACUUUGUAUAAGGGAGCUUCCUAUAUGUAUGUGAACUGGGGAUUAUGAUCUUUAUAUGUAAUUCUCUAAUAAAGAAUUGUGAAAUGAUAGCAUUUCCACAUUAAAUGUGCUCUUGUCCUCUGAUAUUGGACACCAAUUUUGAAGGAACCGAAAAGCUUUAUGCCUGAGGAUUGAAGUCACUUUGUGACUUGUUAUUUCCCAAACAUGUAGAACAGCCUUAAGCAACUUUGCCAUAGAAACCUGGGUGGAGUUUGAGAUGCAGUGGCUAUAGAAACUUGUUUUUGGUUGUGGGAAGCCCUGGUUCAGAUCCUAGGAUUGCACUGCACAUCUAUGAAGUCUAAUUGACAAUUUUUGUUGAAGGUGAAAGACCAUUUAUCUGUGAGCUGUGUGGAAACUCCUACACAGAUAUAAAAAACCUAAAGAAACACAAAGCAAAGGUUCAUGCGGGUAAGUGCUGGUUAUUUAAGAACUAAUAUCUACUACUCAUAGAAUCAUAGGUAAAAAGGUUAGCUGUUCAGCAGUGCUAUCCAAAGACAAACUUAGCCACACUAAAAUGGUGGAUUCUUUGGACUGUGCCUCAGUAUGCUCUGUGGUUAACCUAGGCUCCUAAGUGCUGCCAAUGGGAGACCCGCUACCCUUUGUCAAGAGUGCCAACUCUGUACGUUAGUAAAGUGAUGAAGGAAUGGCAUUGCUGAACCUGCCUAGGUACAUGUUUAGGUACCCUACUAGCUGUCAUGUAUGAAGAUGCACUUGGCUUUAGAGGGCAGAUACCUGAAAUGAGCUAAUCUAGUACCAAAUUCUGUCAUAAUGAAAAUAUUGGUUUUGAGGUGGUGGUUCUGAGAUUCUCUCUCCCUCCACCCAAAUCUGUAAUGAGAUUAGUCCUUGAAGUCAGGGCCAUCAGCCAUUCAGUUACCAAAUUUUGCUGAUAAUUCUUGUAGCCCAACUGUGAACUUUAAAUCCCAGUUAUCAGUUUUGUUUUCAGGUUUACAAUAAACCUCUAUGAAGGCUUGAAGACUAGUAAAUAGUAGUGAGUGUCCUUGAAUCGUUUGCAGGGGGAAAUCAUCUCUUCCUGUCUUUUCCUGUGCACAACUUUUAGCAAUGAACGCAAUUUUAGUUCUGUUUGCUUUCACAGGUUCUGAGAACCCCCUGGAUCCCAUCACACUUGACCAUUCCUUCAAUGAUCAAGACUCCAUUCCAAAUGAGAAAAGCCCUUUGCUGGAAUCUGCUGAUGUGAAGCCUUCAGAUAUAGCAUUACCUCUCCCCUUUGGAACAGAGGACCAUCAAGUUCUGUUGCCUGUCACAGAUAGCCAGUCACCCCAGUCAGACACACUUCUGAGGUCUACCAUCACUGGCUAUUCAGAACCUCAGUUUAUUUUCCUCCAGCAGUUGUAUUGACAUCCUGCACAUGAUGAAAACUCGCAAAAAACUUUGGCCACGAGAGCUUCUUUGGUAAAGGGAACGUAAUCAUGCAAGCUGUUACUGAGCUGGACUUCAUAUGGGUUUCAAAUAGGGACAUUUGAAAACGCACCUGUUUUUCUUCCGUUUAUUUUGCUACUCUAGAACAAUGGUUGCCAUUCUUUUUGUCAUGUAGCAAAAUCAGGAUAGAAUUACAGUGGUACCUUGGGUUACAUACGCUUCAGGUUACAGACUCCGCUAACCCAGAAAUAUUACCUCGGGUUAAGAACUUUGCUUCAGGAUGAGAACAGAAAUCGUGCAGCGGCGCAGCAGCAGCAGCAGCAGCAGGCCCCAGUAGCUAAAGUGUUGCUUCAGGUUAAGAACAGUUUCAGGUUAACAACAGACCUCUGGAACAAAUUAAGUACUUAACCCGAGGUACCACUGUAUUGUAUUUCUAGAAGAUAGAUACUUCCUUUUUUUCUUUAGUAACACAUGCCUUAAGAAUUCUCAGUUCAUGCUGGAGAUCUCCUUCAUUGUUCAUGCAGAAGCUAAUUCUAUGUAGCCAAGAUGUUUGAUCCGUGUUGUCCCCCCUCCACUGCAUUGGCUUUCUUCAAAGUGAAGAUUGCAGAUGUGCAUGAUUUCUCUGUUAUGUGUAGAUUUUGGUUAGUGAUGAGGAAGGGCCAGAAACUAUAUGUGAGCAUUAAAACUGUGUCCCAAUGCCUGGAAAUCUUUAGUAAAUUCCCUAACUUAGGAUAUUUUUGUAGCUGUUGCCCCCUACACAGUUUUGAAUGUAUUUUAAUAGCUAUAAGGAUUUUAAACUUUUUAUUUACAAGAAGAAAUGAAAGUUGAGAUUCUCAGGAAGCUAGAUUCUGUACCCAGCACCAUAUUUCGACCCUUUCUCACACUCCUCAGCAGAUCUGCAGCAAAUGCACAACCUUCCGAAUAUGCAGCUGUUUUAUACAGGGAUCCAGAUUGUUGUAGUUAUGAUCAAUGUUGGAUUAGUUUUCUGUUGAAUGAUUUUUAGGAAACACUUAGGGAGUGGUUCUUGGCCUUCAAGUUCAGUAUUGUAGGACAUGAAAAUGCCCAUGUUGUCUCAUCAUUUUACAGUGCAAAUACCUUCUUUUUCUAUUAUGUAACAGCAUCUUGUCGUUCAAGGUUUCAUAUUUCUCGCCUUCUGAAGUUCUGGGAUUAGAAAGAGCGGUCAGUUUUGUUGCAGUGUCAGUGGGAAAUCUUCCUUCAGAAGGCUCCCCUCCCUCCCCAAUGAAAUGAAAUGGCCUGUUUCAGAUCAGGAAGAUCAAAGCAGCUUAAGGGGAGUGCAGGCAGUGGUAGAGUGUUGGCAAAAAUGGUUCAUGGGAAGAAAACAAACACACACUUGGCUAUGAUAAGUCAAGCCCCUGCCCGUUAUAAAUUCUAAAGUGCCCUGCAAAAAGGGACAGAAAAACGGAAGCCUCAUUUGCAAGUAAGAAACAUUUUGAGAAGCUGGAGGACAGGUUUUUGCACAGCACUACAGAAAACAUUUGUUGGAUCCAUAUUUUAGAGGAAGUCUGAUGGCUCUAGCAAGUUACUAUCCCGACAAGUCUAGGAUUCUGUUCCCAGUUUUGGCUAGUAAGAUGCUUUCCAAGAAGCUUGGCAUACCGUGUAUAGUUCUGGUCUCCUUGCUGCCAAAAUGAUAUUGUAGAGUUGGAAGAGUUUCAGAAAAUGUGGAAGGGCUGAAUAGAGCGACUCUUCUAUGAAGAAAAGUUGCAGCAUUUGGAUUUUUUUUUUAGUUUAGUGCAAAGGCAAGUAAGAGAUGGCAUGAUAGAAGUUUAUAAGAUGGUGCAUGGCAUGGAGAAAGAGGAUGGAGAAAAGUUUUGCUUCUCUCAUAACAGAGUUUGUGGACAUCCAGUGGAGCUGAAUGUUGGAAGAUUCAGGACAGAUAAAAGAGAGCAUAGCGCAUAGUUACACUAUGGACCUCACUCCCAUAGGAGGCAAUGAUGGCUACCAGCUUAAAUGGCUUUCAAAGAGGAUUGGAGAAAUUUACGGAUAAGGCUAUUUGAUGGCUACUUGCCACGAUGGCUAUGCUCUGUAUCCAUGAGCAGAGGCAGAAACAUUUCUGAAUACCGGUUGCUAGGAAACUGCAGGAGUGGGAAGUACUCUUGUGUUUGGGUCCUGUUUGUGGGUUUUCCACAGGUAUUUGGUUGACCACUGAGAAAAGGGUCCAGCAGGCUUUUACGUUCUUAAGCGCCGCAGCAGGGCCUGAUGAAGAUGGCUAUCCCUUGUUUGUUCCUAGCUUUUGAUAAUUGGAGGUAUACUGUUUCUGAGUACAGAGGUUGCAUUAUCAGCUGUUGUAUCUAAUAGAUAUUGAUGGUCCUAUUCUCACUCAAUUUCCCUGGAGGUGCUCUGAAUUAAGUAUGCAAAGUGGAAGUGUUGGAAUAAAUGGUUAUUUUUAGUGGUUUAUCGGCAUCCAUACGAGAUCACUUAAAAGUUCCAAGUUAUACACUAUCUAAACACCCAAAAGAACUUUUUGAUCUCCCAUGAGAUCUUUUUUUAAGUCGAAAAAGCAAUUUUAUCAUGUAGUUCAGCCAGUUACUAUUUACUGUGCUGCUUCAUAGGCUCUGCUUCCUAGUCUGUUGGGUGUUUAGGAAGCAACAAGCCAGGUGGCCUGAUGGGAUAGAAAAGCACCCUUGUAGGGUGCAGUUGUUUUAGAGCUUAUCCAGUGCAACAAAUGCAAGUUCAGUGUAGAAUACAAAUAAUGAGUUGCCUGUUAUGGAGCCAGUUUGGCACUGAAGAAUCUUGAAGCAACCAGCUAGGAAAGAGAUAAAAUCCAAGAUCUGUUUGGGACGGGUUAGUGGUGUCCCCUGGAAUAGGGCCGCAUGUAUGCUGCCCAAAUUAAACGCAUUUCUGUAGAAAGGUCACCAAAUUCCAACAUCGGAAUACAAGGAGCUAUUUCACCUGACAUCUUCCCAGUGGUUCCUCUAGCCUGGCAAGCAAGUAGCAAGAGCCCUUAAUCAUCGCUGCAGCUUCUGUCUCUCUUAACUGCAUGCCAGCUAUUGAACCUGGUUUAAUAUGCAAAACAUACUCUUUGCCAUCUGAUUGUCUUGCCAAUGUUUUCAAGAUAUUUGGUGACUUUUUGGCAUGAGUGAAACCGAGAUAAAUGGGUGAAUGGUUUGAAGCUGUCUGCAAGCAUUUCUCUGCAGUCGGAGGGGGGGUUUAUAUUUGGAGAGAAAGGCUGUAGCUUAGUGGUGGAGCCCAUGUUUUGAAUGCAAAAGGUCCCAGGUUCAACCCCUAGCAUCUCCAGAGAGGGCUGGGAAAGAACUGUCCAAAAUCCUUUAGAGCAACUGCCAGCCAGUGUAGACAAUACUGAGCUAGAUGGACCAAUGAUAUUAGCCAACUUCCUGUGUUCCUAUUCGAGCUAGAAAUCCCCCCUUUCCCCCUAUGAUGCUUCAGAAACCAUACCCCAUGCCUGAUAUGCAUGCUUGCCUAGUAAAUCCACAAGGUAUGCAGAAUCCUCAAUAGCCUCUGACCCUUGCUUCCACAGCUUCAAGAGAGGUUGCAGCGCAUGUCAGAUAAGACCAUCUUGUAGCAGCCCAAGUUCUGUCCUCUUAGGCCACAAUGCAAAGACUUCAGCACAGCAGCAGGUUGUUCACCUGUAUCUGCUUUUGGGGAUACUCUUAACCUCUGCUCUAAUUAAAGCACUUAGCAACUCUUUUGACAUGGUUGGGGGAAGAGAAAGUGGGUUGCAUCUAUGAGUUUGACACCAGUUUCCCCCAAACAGGUGAUCAGCUGCUGGAGCUGAUCAUCUUUGUAUAGUGUUGGACUCCAUGGGGGUUAGUUAUGGUUGUAUCUUCUUUUCCACACCAUUUUCUCCAGCCACUUGCUUUUUUGAUGAGAGAAAUUAAAAAACACACAUCAAAACCCUAAAUUUUGGUGGAAUUUUGUUAAGACUCGAUAGUACUAAGUUGCUGUUAGCACAAAUGGGUUGUGUCUUCUGCAAAAUAUUCCGGACCUAUUUCUUCACAAUAUGACUGCAACAGCUAACCAUCUUCUUGAAAAAAGCAUACUGUAGUGUAUGCAUAUUUGAUAUGAAUGUUUUCGCAAUUUUUUUGGUGUCACUUUUAAAAAUGGUUUUGGACUUUUAAAAAACCUGUUCUUAGAUUUAUAGUAGACCUUACUUAGCUAUUUAAUAUUUAUAAAGAUGUUUUACUUUGUAGAACUCAUUUGUCUUUUGUACAUGAAUAUAUUUUUUAAGAAACCAUUGUUUGACCCCUCUUAUAACACUACACAGGCUCUGGGAGAGCUAGAAUCUAUUGCAGCAAUAAUUGAAUAAACAGCGCUUUUUGUUUCUAAACUGCAGUGUUUACCUGUGAUCAAUAAAUCUUGGGCUGUUAAGCUAGAGUGACCUCUUAAAAAUACUUAUUCAUUAAAUCAUGACCUACUGUUAAUAAAAUACAGUAGUUAAAAGAGUGUGAUCAGCUUGGUUCUAUAAAAGUUGCAUCUUAGUAAGCAAUAUAGGGGUAUGUUACACACAUUCUUUCUGUCGUUUAUUGCUCCUAAGUUUUGUUUGGGAGUUUCAAGCUUUCCUGCAGUCAUGAGACACUCAACAUGGAGACAUGUUUAAGAGAAGGGAAUACUUAAAGCUUUUUUUGGUUCUUGGAAUGUUACUACUAGUUCUGGCACCAUAACAAUUCCAAGACUGGACAUUCUGAGGAGCUGUUGUGAAUCCUCUCUGGUUUAAAUUAUUUCCGAAGUACUUUGUCAUGGGUGUUUGUGUGUAUAUAGCUCACCUCCUGCUUUUAUACUCCCUUUUGAGGGAUUAUGUACAUAAAUUUGCAACAUUCUAAUGUUUAGACCUGAAUAAAACUUUGUUUUGUAACCCUU